CCAGCAGUGGUGGGUAAAAAUGAAGAAUGGUUUCAUUUGAAUGAUCAACUGAAUUAUGACUUGUCUAGGGAAAGAGGUCACAAUGAUUUUCUUGCACAACAGCUUGAGGAAGCUGACAGUGAAGUCAAUAGCUUACAAAACCAGCUAAUCCAUUUGCACUAUUCCUAUAGAGAGAAGGUGUUGAUUUUAGAAAGCACAGAGAGAGCCCUACAUCAGGCACAGUUUCAUAUAAAGGAACUCAAACGCAUCAAUAACAUACAAAAUGAAAAACAGCAGGAAUAUACUGCCAAAGAAGAAUGCUUUCAAGGAAAAUUAGCUGAAAUCCACAGUGAAAAUAUGGUGCUUCAACAGCAGCUAGAAAAUGCCCCCGAAAGAGUCAUCAUUAAAAAAAAGGUAGUAAAGGAUGUCCAGGUAAACUUUAGUGAUCCCUUCGCUAAAGUUCAUGCUGAUAGAGAAAAGCAAGUUCUUUUGGUCAAAGAGAGGAAUAAAGAGUUAAUCGAUGACUGUAAUCACUCAAGAGAGCAAGGGUGCACAUAUGAGAAGGAGCAAAGAGAAAGAGAGGGCACAAUAAAGGAGCUUCAACAGCAACUUGCUGAUGCCCUGAAAAGGCAAUCCACGUUAGAAGUGUUCCUAGAGGUUAUUUUUUGUUAUAUACAUGAUUUAGAAGAUAAGAAGCAACAACUACAGAAGGAAACAGAGGAAAUCAAGAGUAAGCUGCGGAAAUCUGAAGAACAGUAUCUGAAGGCAGAGCCCUGGACUAAUGAUUUAGAAGAUCGUGAACAAAAGCUGGAAAUGGAAAAUGGCAGAUUAGAAGCUACAGCCAAAGAACUUCUGGGCAAAAUGGAAAAGAUGCAGGAAAACCUGUUGGAUCCUAAAUGGCUUGAUCCUGAACGGGGGAAAGGAAAGACGCUCGUUGAGUUGAAGCAAUCUUUGGUGGCAAGUCUAGACGACCAAAGGAAGAGAAAUGAAGAAGUAGAGCAAGACAUCGGGAGACCAAGAAAAAAGAAAUUAGAAGAAGAUGACAAAGGAGAUCUGGCUUCCCAGGAAGCCCUGAAACAGGCAUGUUCUCAAGUGGAAGAUGCACAAAUGAAUACGUUAAGAAACCAGAAUGAGGAACUUGCACAGCAAGUGAAAGCAGCAUCUUCAAAAUGUAUCCAAUUGGAAUGGACAAUUCGAGGUCUUCGUCGAGAGUUACUUUCUAAGGAAAAUGUGGAAGAUAAAAAUGGCAAACUGGAAAAGGAAAAGAGCCAAUUGGAAGAAGAAAUAGCUAAUCUGAAGCAUCGUUUUGAAAUGACUAUGCUAGAGCACAGACAAGUGGAACAAUACAAAUCUGAGGUGGAUGAACAAGCAACACAAGAGAUUAUAGGAAAACUGAGAACAAUCAAACUAUUUUUGCAGACACAAGCAGCAUUCCAAAAAAACACAGAACAAUUAAGAGAAAAUCACCAAGCUCCAAGAGUAAAUGAAAUGGAGUGGCGAAUGAAAUAUAUGGAAGCUGAACUGUCCACAUUAAAGAGCUCAUAUCAGGAUGCUGAGGAACAGCUGGAGAAACACAGACAACUCUAUUUUAAGGAACUAAAAGCCAAUGAAUCAUUAUCCAAGGAAUUAGAUAGAGCUAACAGGAGACUACUGAAGGUGAGUGCCAAACUCCGAAAUGAAAGGCAGAGGAAUGAAACUUUAAGGGCCAGUUUUACUGCAAGUCCCGUUCUGGAGCCACCUCCUACUGAGCCUCCUAACAGUAGUUCACUCUUAAAUGGAGGACUGAUUCCAAGAGGAAACAGGACAUGCUUUUGGAAUCACAGUGUCUUUGAACAGUAGAGCCAAAGCCUAUUUUAGAAAGGUUUUUGAUGAAGUGAAAAUUUUGAAAAGGAACCAAGCAGAGAACUUCAAAAUUGGAAAUCACAAAGAGUUAUUAAGAAUUAUUAAAGUAUUUGUAUUUGUAGAAAUAAAAAUUGUUGACAUUUA